CCUGCUGAUAUUUUUUGCUGACCAGUGAGGCCUUGCUAUGGAUCCAGUGGGCAACAGUGCUAUCUCCUCACCAGUCUACCUCAUUCAGCAACCAAUUACACAAGAGCCAGAAGUGACCAUUCUCCAGCAGAUGCCACGGACACUUCCUCAGUCUAGCUGCACAAGUCACAUCAAAGAAAAUUUAAUAGAUCUAAUGAUGCUACAAAAUGCCCAGAUGCACCAAGUGAUAAUGAACAACCUGGCUAUGUCAGCAGCAGCAUGCUUUGAAUCCAACCCAAACCAGCAGAUACCCCCCAUCCCCUGGCAGACAGAGGAUGAAGAUGAGAUUGACAUGGUAUUCCACCACUAUUAUCCCCCCUAUCCACGCAUCCUUCCAUUCAGAACAUGGAGGCCUCCAUCUCAGCCUUCAGGUUUGACACCGCAGCAGCCCAUCAUUCGUCAUGUGGGCCCAGAUCUUCACUCAAGGGGGAGACAAGAUGAUGGUCAAGUGGUACCCCCACCCCCACCACCAAGUGCCACUGGAACAGUCACAGCCGAUGUCCUACCAGCUUCAGAAUACUAUGACUACACUGAGCGAGGGAAGUGAAAUUAAAGUUUCAUCUAUUUUUCCUCCAAAAAGAUGCAGGCUCCUAGCUGCAAGAAGUCUAAAAAGUUCUUCUGAAUUGCACUCAAGCCAACCGGAGUAUGGCAAGACAAACUUUGUGUCAUACCGUUUUCCUAAUAGGAUCAAAGCCUAAGAUCAAAGCUAGUAUGUUUAUAUUUAUGUACAUUUUUCAAAGUUUGAAAUAAAUUGUAUAUGACAUUA